AUUCCACAUUUCUUGUUUGGUUUUGUUUGAGUGUGUCUUAAAGAAGGUGUAGCAUUCAUCUUGGCCACAACAACAUCUUUUGGAGGAGCACUGAGAAUUGAGAACUUAACAAGGCCAGCAUGAAGAUCACGCUUGCUGUGUUAUUUUUGGCUGGGCUAACAAUUUAUUGUAAAUGUGCGGCGGUAUUAUCUUUACCACCAUCACUUAUCGCUCAUGCGGCAUCCUUGGACGAGAGUCUAAAAACUCAAAAACCUUCUUUGGCCAAAAACAAUGAGAUCCAGCUACAAUUGCAGGGCAAUGAAGAUGAAGCAACGAAUGAGGCAGCGUUGGCAGCAGAUUUAUAUACAAAUUUCAAGAAUUUGUGGCAUAACAAAGAGGAUCUAAGUUUAAAUUUAAAAAAACGUGAGCGUAAUACCUUUGAUGAUGCUAUCGUCGAUGUGGCAGCAAGGCAACAACAACAACAGCAGCAGCAACCCAUGGCAACAAUUAAGCAAAAUAACAAAAAUCAAAAUGGCCUCAAGCCACACGACAACGACAAUGUUGGCCAUAAUAACAACAACAACAAUCAUAAUAAUAAUAAUCAUAAAAAUGAAAAUAACAUUUUGAAAUCAUCUUUGCCGUUGUGGUUGUCUAGCGCCGCCGCAAAUAUGAAUGAAGCCACAAAUUUGAAUACUCCACCACAAUUGAAAUUUCCCUCACCGAAGGUUAACUCUGCCGAAGAAUACGACGACACCAAUGACUGGUUGUCCCCCAGCUCCGAAAUGAUUGACGAUAUUUUUGUCUCGCCACCUCAUGUUAAAAUACAAGAACCGACAGUACAUCUUAAACGUAGAGACUUAGAAAAUAUGCCAGCCGCAACAGAAGACUCAGCAAUUUUGAAUAGACUUUUAAGGCCUUCGAAAUAUUGGUCCAGACAGUGUCCACUGGAAAAUGAUAAUAAUUGCCUGCAGGAAUAUUAUGGUGCUCUUAUUGCUGACAGAAAUAAUGUUCUAUUGAAACAAUUGCAAUACCGGCAAAAUCAUCCAUUUAGUGCUGUUGCUGGAUCUUCUCAAAAUCACAAUAACAAAAUAAAUGAUGACGAUGAUAUUCUUUUACUUUUGACAGCGGAACAGAAUUUAAUACGAUUUUUAAGUUGGGCUUUGAGGGAACUCUAUCCAUAUGGUAAGUUUACAAAUGUAACAGCUAAUGGAGCGGACUCUUAUGACCCGGGUACGUAUAUGUGGAAGAAAUUAAAUCUAUCUGGUCGCCUAGAACCUCCACUGCUAGUUGACGAGCCCCGGUAUGUGAUAGUGCGGCGAGAAUAUGAUCAGAGUGAUGAGGAUGAGAAUGAUUACAAAAGAGGUUUAAAUUAUGGCGGAGAUCCAUUUAUACCGCCUAGAGGACGUAAACAUAAUUUACCCGAUCUAGAUUCAUUAUUGCAGCGUUAUGAGACAUUUGUGCCGAAUCGUGGCCGACGUGAUAAAAUCAAAGAUAUUUUUAAAUAUGAUGAUCUCUUCUAUCCAAAUCGUGGCAAACGACAAAUGACUGCUGCUGGCAAUGACAACGGCGUCAUAGAUGAAAGAAAUGAUGACGGCAAUGACAUCGAGGCUAUUGAUGAAGCAGAAAUCAAUGAACGACAUGAAAUGCAACAACAUCCUUUGCUGUCAAAUGAACUGACGGAAUAUAUAGAAAAUUUAAUGGCAAAAAUGAAGAGAAAAUUACAGCAACCAAAUCAACAACAACCAGAUGAUGACGAAAAACUUGCAAAUAGUUUUGAUGAAACGUCCAACAGAAAUGAGCCGACAACAAGAAUGUCAACCACAUUUCAACAAGCACCACCGGCAGCAGCAGUAGCUACAUCAGCCUCACCAUCAUUAUUGGAAAAACGUUUUAAAUCAAUGAUCAAUAUUUUACACAAUCGCAAACAACAGCAGCAACGACAUCAACAACAACAUUUACCAAAUCACUACAAUGCCAGACGUCAAUGGUGGAAAAGAUAUACAACUAAAGCUAACACAUCUUCGACACGACCAACAAAUAGCAAUGUUAGACCAAUGCAAACUCUACGAUCGCCUACAUUGGCUACAAAUAGAUUACAGACAACUUUAAGAUCAAUGUCACCUUUACAACAACUAACACAAUUAUAUCAACAAAAACAUCAGCAGCAGCAACCACAGCAACUAGUAGACCUUUCUCCACCUUAUAUUCAACCAGCCAGUAAAUUUAUGUGGCAGCAACAACAAAACUCAUUGAAAUCAUUAGCUCAACAAUUUGAUCCUUUGUCUUGGCAUAAAUUACAAUUGUUGCUACAACAACAGCCUCAAUAUCAUCAUGGCCAUCAUCAACCAUUAUUGACAAUGCGACAUCCACGUUUGACAGCCUUGCAACACUUGCCUGUAAUACAACAACAACAACAACUGCAACUGGCAACGCCUCAAGAGACACAAUUAACGUAUUCAAACGAUCAACUAGAUAAUAGUAUAACUAAUGAUCUUGAUAAUUUCUAUAAUAAGGAUUUGGAUUAAACUAA